AUGGAGGUGUUCACCAACCAGGAAGCUUUUCAGAAUGCCUACGGGGGCAUUUUACGGAUGCCCCUGACUGACAUGGUCAGUUAUGUGAAAUAUUCCAAGAAUACUGUAGGAGGAGCACAUUCCUCGAAUGAGAAAGCUGGCCCAAAGUGUGGAUCCACUGAUGUAUUUGAUUACACUUCUGAUAUCUCGAGCAUUGGCAAGCUGGAUGAAAAUGACAAAGAUGAAGAACCUUAUGAAACCUUUGACCCUCCCCUACACAGCACUGCCAUAUACGCCGAUGAAGAAUUCAGUGGGCCAUCUAUUCCUUCAACUCCUCAAGGAAAAGAAGCAAAAAGAAGUUCAGGCACUUCUGAAACAGAAGCAAGUGAAAACGAGUCUAUAAAAUUUAGUGCAAAAAAGUCAAGAAGAAAACUCAAGCCCAUUAAUGAAUCUGAAAGCAGCAAAGAAACUGAUGUAAGAAGAAAAGUCAAACCAACAGAGAAGAUAAGUUCAUUACAUGAAGCUACACCAGCUCCAGCAGCAUCAGAGCUUCCAGAGAAACCACCUGAAUUGGCCCCGCCUGUAAAGACAGGAGCCCGUACUGCCGAGCCCAAUGCUGACAGAGAGAGCCUGGCGAGAGAAAGUCAGCAGAAAGUUCAGAAAAAGGCGCUUUCUCAUGGCAAAAGGAAGAAAAGAAAUGGAGACUCAGAUACUUCUGACUGUGUACAUAUUUGGUAUCUGAAAGGAAAGAAAACAAGCAACAUCACAGAGUUAGAUGUUGUUCUGUCUGCAUUUGAAACAGUCUUCCUGGAAUAUAAACAAAAAGUAGAAUCUAAAAUUUUAAAGAACACCAUCGAUAAAUUUCAUUCUAAUAUUAAAGAAGAACUCAUCAAAAUGCUUGAAGAAGUCCAGAUGGUAAAAACUCUGAAGAGGAAGAACGCUAAGAUUAUUUCAGAUAUUGAAAAGAAAAGACAGCGUUUGAUUGAAGUCCAGGAUGAACUGCUUCGGUUAGAACCACAGCUGAAACAACUACAAACAAAACAUGAUGAACUUAAGGAGAAAAAAACCUCCCUUAAGAAUGCAGUGUAUUUCUUAUCUAAUUUAAAACAACUUCAUCAAGAUUAUUCAGCUAUUCAAAAGAAAAAACCCAGUGUAAAGGAAACGUAUGAUUCAUCCAGUCUUCCAGCUAUGUUAUAUAAAGCAAGAACCCUUUUAGGAGCUGAAAGCCAUCUGCAAAGUAUCAACCAUCAAUUAGAGAAGCUCCUCGACCAGGAAUGAGAGGGCCAAACUACUGAACUGUGCCUGUAUGAGGAUUAGUCUCAUGUUCUGUCUGUUGAGAGAUGUUUUUUUCACUUCAUCUUUCAGAAUAACUGUUACUACCUAAUGUUCAGUUGUUUGUGAUUAUCUUUUCUGAUUAGUUUGUCUGGAGACAGUAAUUUUGCUUAAAUUCAUUCCUUACUGAAGCGAAUACAUAAAAUAUGGAAAUUAAAAGUGUUGCUUUAUG